CUGCCAUCCGAGGUGGAACCCAGCAGAGGAUGGAGGCGUUCACGUUCGCCGUUUCCACGCAGGUGGACUUUCCCAUCCAUGUCAAGAUUGGCUCCUUGGAGGGAAAGCAGAAACAGGUACCUUUUUCGGUCCUUCUCAAACAGCCCGAAUUGCGCCACAUUGGCUCCGCGCAGAACCCCGUCUCCGACCUCUUCGUGACGAUACAAUUAUGGUCCGCAUCCAAAGCGCUGGGGGUCCCGCUGCAGACUUCCUACAAGCCGUUCAAGUCCGCUCGCGCAUGGAAUGAAUGGCUCCAGAUGCCGGUCUCGAUCAAGGAUGCCCCCCUCAAAAGCCAGCUGGCCAUCACGGUCUGGGAUCUUUCGCCUUUUGGCGGCGAGGGAGCGCGUGGGCAUUACGUGCCGUUUGGUGGGACCACCAUAUCACUGUUCGAUGACGAUGGCAAGCUCAAGACGGGCAGGCAGAAAUGCAAACUAUACCGGCAUAAAGCCGCAGAUGGCUUUUCCUCGACGACAACCCCGUCGACUCCGCCGCCGAAACGUCGCAAGGCCAACGCCCCGGAUCCGCUAGGGCCGUCCGCCGAGGAGAUGGAACUUGAGCGCGUGGAGGUGUUGAUCAAGAAACAUGAGAUGGGAGAAAUACCGCGAAUUGACUGGAUGGACCAGAUGGUUUUUCGUCAGCUGGAAAGGCUUAAACUCAAUGCAGACGAAGCUGUAAGGAAACGAGCCAUCCUUAUGAAGGCGAAGAAACAAAAAGAUUCGGAAAAUCAGGGGGCGGACGCAGAUGAUUCGGAUGACGAAUGCGUGGACGACGAGAACUUUACUCUCUACGUCGAUUUUCCGCGCUUCGACCAUCCCAUCGUCUGGUCGGAUCAUGAGUACCCACCGCCUCCUGUUUCGGCCUAUCCGCAAGGUGCGCCCGCAAAUGCCAAUUCUGCGCUGAAGCCCCUUCCAGAAGUCCGCUUUGGUCCCGGGAUAGAAGGUGCAGAUGGUGGAGGGGUGAUUAGAAUAUACGACCCGGAAGUUGGCCAGACAGGUAACCCAUGCGAGGACAAGCACCGGAGACUGAUUCGUAGCCAUCGGACCGGCAUUAUGGAUCGAGAUCUGAAGCCCAAUCCCAAGAUUCGUGAUGAGCUCAACGUGAUCUUGUCGUACGAGCCAACGCAGGAUCUGACUGCUGAAGAGAAGGACCUUGUCUGGCGGUUCCGCUAUUUCUUAACUCGUGAGAAGAGGGCGCUUACCAAAUUCGUGAAAUCGGUCAAUUGGCGCGACGUUGGUGAGGCGCAUCAAGCCGUCGAAAUUCUCCCGAAGUGGACCGAGAUCGAUGUUGACGAUGCUCUUGAGCUCCUUGGACCAACCUUCGACAAUGCUGCAGUUCGUUCAUAUGCGGUCGAGCGUCUUCGCAAGGCUGACGAUGACGAGCUUAUCCUCUACCUCUUACAGCUAGUGCAAGCGCUGAAAUACGAAGAUAACUCUAACGGCGAUGCGGAGGACGUGGCACACGACUCAUCCUUGGCCAACUUCCUCAUCACCCGUGCAGCCAACAAUUUCAAACUGGGCAACGAUCUUCAUUGGUACCUUAUGGUCGAAUGCGACGAUGCCGGACCAGGGACUCUAUCGACGCAGCGCAGGCUUUUCGCUCGCGUGGAAUACUACUUCAUGGCAGAGCUAGAGCAAAUCCACCCCGACUACCGAAAGACACUCUUACGACAGGGCGAGCUUGUCGCGGUACUCACCAAGAUGGCCAAGGAGGUGCGAUUCUCGCGCGAGAACCGAGUCCUCAAGAUAGAGAGACUGAAAAAGUACCUGAAAGAUCCGAAGAACGACCUACUCCAUAUCGAUCCUCCGCUGCCACUACCACUGGACCCCGACAUUCUUGUGACAGGCUGCUACCCCGAAGAAGCCAACGUCUUCAAGUCCUCUCUCUCCCCUCUCCAAGUGAUGUUCAAGACGUCUGACGGUCGUAAAUACCCCAUCCUUUUCAAACUCGGCGACGACCUCCGCCAGGACCAACUCGUCAUCCAAAUCAUCAUCUUGAUGGACCGUCUCCUCCAAAAGGAAAACCUCGACCUCAAACUCACCCCAUACCGCAUCCUCGCGACCAACGCCACCGCCGGCGCCGUCCAAUUCAUCCCCUCCGCCUCCCUCUCCGCCAUCUCCGCCAAAUACAAAUCCGUUCUCGCCUAUCUCAAGGCCAACAAUCCCGACGACAACGAACCCCUCGGUGUCCGCAAAGAAACCAUGGACACCUACAUCAAGUCGUGCGCCGGAUACUGCGUCAUCACCUACCUCCUCGGAGUCGGCGACCGCCAUCUCGAGAACCUCCUCCUCGCCCCCGACGGCCACUUCUUCCACGCCGAUUUCGGCUUCAUCCUCGGCCGCGACCCCAAGCCGUUCGCGCCCAUGAUGAAGUUGUGCAAGGAAAUGGUCGAGGGCAUGGGCGGCACCACCUCCCCCCUCUAUCUCCAGUUCAAGCAGUACUGUUUCACCGCCUACACGACCCUGCGCAAAUCCGCCAACCUCAUCCUGAACCUGUUCAGUCUGAUGGUCGAUGCGAAUAUUCCGGAUAUUCGCGUCGAGCCAGAUAAGGCCGUGUUGAAGGUCAAGGAGAGGUUUCAUUUGGAAAUGACGGAGGAAGAAGCCAUUCGCCAUUUUGAACAGCUGAUUAGUGAUAGUGUCAAUGCUAUCUUCGGGGUCGUGAUCGAUCGAUUACAUGAGUUUGUGCAGGGUUGGAGGGCUUAGCCAGUGUUUUUUUUUGUUUCGUUUUAUUAUUUAGGUAUUUAUUCCCCGAGUGUUAGGUUCCCUUGGUGAAUGCAUCAUGCGGCUUGGGAUACUUUACUUUGAGGGCUGGCUGACAGUACCCACGAUUGGAGUCUGGAUGGGUGGGUGGAUUGAUGGAUUGAUUGAUUGAUUGAUUGAUGGGAUGGCGCGGCGCAGAAUUCAUUACUCUAUGCUAUGUUUGUAUGUCUGGUGGAUGAUUGAUACCCUGCUUUCGCUGAGAAGCGGAUACUUAAU